AUGAAAGUAUACUCAGAGUGUGAGUCAAGCACAGAUGAAGGAAGAACUGGCCGCUGGACCUUAAAAGAGCAUGAAGAUUUUAUGAGAGGAGUCUCCUUUUAUGGAAAAGACUGAAAAAAAAUCGCUGACUUCUUAGGAACAAGGACUCCAGUGCAAGUCAGGAGCCACGCCCAAAAAUUUUAUUUACGUGAAGAAACUGUGAAGAAAAGCAAAAGAAAAAGCCACAAAGCUUUUAAAUUCCAGCCUAUAAGUAUAGAAGUUUACGCUAAAAAGGAUAAGUCGACUCAGUAUGGAGAAGGAGUUCUCUUUCCUGGGACAGAAGAAAAUCAAAAUAUCAGCAAAAUGUAUUUUCUUUAUUAA